GGUGGACCUUGUUCUUAUAUUUACGUCUUCGUAUCUUUGUGUCUCCCUGAUCGUCCUUGACGAGGCUCAGUCAACAAUUGGUCAACCUCCACUCGUUGUUCUGAGUUUGUACUACCUACUAAGCCGCGACAAGAUCAACGGUACUGGUGAUUAGGUGCUCCUCCUACUAAAAUAGCACACACCGACACUUAAAAGCCACCAUGACAAGUCGCCAGCCCCUUCAUGGCUCCUGCCAUUGUGGACGCAAUCAGUAUGCCAUACAGCUCCCAGAGGAUGUUUCCGAGCACGCCGAGAUUUACUUUGACAGCAGUCGAGAUAGUCGGAGGAUCCACGGAACGCCUCUUACUGCCUGGCUUCGAGUUCCUCUGGACUGGUACCAAUCUCACACUGAAUCGUAUUUCGCCGACGAAUCCCGCGCGACUAUCCGGCGCAUCUUCUCCCCCGCUCACGCGCCGCAUUCCCAGCGUGCUUUCUGCGGAUUUUGCGGAACGCCUCUCUCAUAUUGGACUGAUGCUCCUAGUGAGGAGGCCAAUUAUAUGUCGGUGACGAUUGGCAGUUUAUCCGGGGAUGAUCAACGAUUGCUGGAAUAUCUAGGUCUUCUUUCUGAAGAUGAGGAUGAAGACAUGGAGGCUGAAGGUAUUCAGGAGGAUCGCACUACUGGUGUGCCAGCUCAGACUACACAAGCGCCUUUCUCGUCUUCGCAUACCAUCAUUCCUUCCUCCGGUGGCACGACGGAUAUUUCUACAUACAGACAUGGCACAUUAACUGGGAUCCCCUGGUUUGAAGAGAUGAUUGAAGGAAGUCGCUUGGGCCGCCUGAUGAAGUCUCGACGUGGAUUCGGUAUCAGCGAUGAUCAGUCAACAACGAUACAAUGGGAGGUUAGCGAGUGGACAAACGAUGGAUCAGAAGGCGUUAAAUCUAGUUCGUCUUCCGGGAAGAGGAAGCGUGGGCAGCAUACUAAUGUAAAGGAAAGCAAGUUACCGUAAGGAUGAAGCAAGUUGAGAAACAGGGAGAAUUG